AUGAAUAGAAGAAUUUUAAACAGAUUUUCGAAGGAUAUGAGCAUUAUGGAUGAAUGGCUGCCCAAAUUGAUGUUGAAGGCGAUCCAGGGGUUUUGCGUAGCAUGUGGUAUAAUGAUCAUGGAAACGAUAAUUAAUAAGUGGAUGCUGAUAUUGAUAGCCAUACUAGUCAUCUUGUUUUUCUACGCUACGAAAUUUUAUAUGAAGAUUGCUCAAGACCUCAAAC